AUGUUUCAUAUACUCUUAAAGUAAUAUUAAAUUUCAAAUGUCUGUAGUUCUUAUAGGAUAAAUAGGAUCUGGCAAGAUAUCCCUUUAUAAUAAAAUUACGAAAUCAAACGAAAGAACAUAGAUAGGAAAUUCAGUCACCAGCAAAGUGUUAAAGAAACAAUCCUGCUUUGGAAAUGGAUUCUAAGUUUUAGAUACGCCAGUGGGGUUAACGCAAGAUUAUAUGGAACGUAUGGCGGGGGUUCUUUGCACCUUAACUGAAGGGCCCAUUAGCCAAAUUUUUUUCUCACUUAAUAUAAAAGAAUAAAUUUAAUAAUUCAUGAUGUAGAAUCAAAUUUGAAUGCAUUUAAGAAUUACUUGCAUAUGAUUACUGUUGCUGUUACAAUUUGGGAUUUAUGCGAUAUUAAUGAAAGAGAAGAAAAUAAAAAAGCUAUCAUAAAAAAGCUAAUUCUAAAAUAAAUUAAUUCAGUAUUAUUUUUAGGGUGGAAAGAAACUUCUGAGAGUGUUUAUGAAUAAUUUGAUCAAAUUAUUGCAGCUUCCAAAGCAGAACUCAUCAAUUUAAUACCAAAGGAUAUCUUUGAGAAUUUUGAUUUAGAAGAUUGUGAGGAGGAUGUAGUACUCUUACAAGAUAUAGAAUUUAGAGAACGUUUCUUAAGAGGAAUUAUCCCUUGAUUACGUUUAUGCCCUAACUUAAUAUGCAAAAGUAAAAUUAGAAGAAAAUUUGCUAAAUUGUAAGAAUAACCUAAUUUAACUUUCGGAAUAUAAAUCAUAUUAAAUUCAUCAUGAACAUUAAACAGCAUUGUUUAGAGAGUACAACAGAAUUAUGGAUUAUGCAUGCCUCUGUACAAGCAAUGGAAAUCAUUUUCUAAAUAUUUAAAAAAAUGCGUUUAUUGUGGAGAAAUAUGGCUUAAAGUGGCUGGUUGCGCCUGAUUAACAACCUGUGGAGGCCUACUUGAUGGUCAAGAGGAUGAAUUAAUAAAAUAAGAACCGCCUCCCCAACAAUUUAUUGUUUUCAAUAAGAAUAAAAAGUUACAAAUUAUUCAUAAAUAACUAUUUCAAUCUUCUCGACUCUAAACAUAAAGAUCCAAAUGAAACUAUUAAAGUUGAACCAAUUGGAUGUAAAAGAUCAAUAAAUUGGAGUGACAUGAUUUCAUUAACAGAGAAUGAGUUAAAAAAUGCUUUAGGGAUUUUAGAUUAGAAAAUUUGCGAUAAUAUAAAUGAACAAGAAAAACUAUAUUAAGAGCGAACAGAAAAAUAAUACGCCCAAUACAAAAAGGAGCUUGACAAGAAAAUUUUGGAGUAAAGAGAAAAUAUGCUUUAAGCCUAAAGAUAUAAUUUAAACAUUUAGAAAUAAUUCAGUUAAUUUAUUCACUAUAUUUUAUGUAAUUUUAUGAUGUAAAUUUCUUGA